CUUCUUCUUCUUCUUCUUCUUCUUCCUCGAGAGCGCGAAAUUGCGAACUCGCCACCAUCGGUUUCGUCAAACCCUAAUAAUCCCUAUAAGAACAUGACGUUCACAGAAACAACAACGCCUACGAAACCCACCUUCUCCCUCCUCUUCUCCUCCUCCUCCGCUUCAAACGCGGCGGCGUCUUCUUCUCUGUCGAAUUCGAGCUCGAUCGGUUCGCGUCCCAACCACGUUCUCGAUCUCGGGAGCUCGAUCGAGUCGCUGAAGCUGCGUUUGGAGAGGACGACGAGGAUGGGGAGCGAGAAGAAGAGGAGAUCCCCGAAGAUCGUUUACGGAGACGGCGGAUACGUUCUUGAGGAUGUUCCGCACCUCGCGGAUUACAUCCCUAAUCUCCCUACGCACCCAAAUCCGCUCCAAGAUAAUCCGGCGUACUCAGUUGUGAAGCAAUUUUUUGUUAAUGCCGACGAUAGCGUUGCUCAAAAGAUUGUGGUUCACAAAGAUAGCCCCAGGGGAACGCAUUUUCGGCGUGCCGGGCCCCGUCAAAGGGUGUGUUUUGAGUCGGAUGAGGUGCGUGCGUGCAUUGUUACAUGUGGAGGUCUAUGCCCUGGACUUAAUACAGUGAUAAGGGAGUUAGCAUGCGGCUUAUCUCACAUGUAUGGUGUUACCAAAAUCCUUGGCAUUGAGGGUGGAUACAGAGGAUUCUACGCUCGCAAUACCAUCAACUUGACUCCCAAGUGUGUUAACGGCAUUCACAAAAGAGGGGGAACCAUCCUUGGAACCUCACGAGGAGGCCAUGACACUACUAAGAUUGUCAACAGCAUUCAGGAUCGCGGGAUUAAUCAGGUCUACGUCAUCGGCGGAGACGGCACUCAGAAAGGGGCCUCUGUGAUAUUUGAGGAAAUACAGCGGCGAGGCCUAAAAGUUUCUGUUGUCGGCAUUCCAAAGACCAUAGAUAAUGACAUUGAGGUUAUCGACAAAUCGUUUGGGUUCGAUACUGCCGUAGAGGAGGCCCAAAGAGCGAUAAAUGCGGCGCAUGUGGAGGCAGAGAGCACUGAGUAUGGUAUAGGUGUAGUGAAGUUGAUGGGGCGUAACAGCGGUUUCAUUGCAAUGUAUGCUACUCUUGCGAGUAGAGACGUGGACUGUUGCUUGAUCCCAGAAUCGCCUUUCUUCCUCGAAGGGAAGGGUGGGCUUUUAGAGUAUAUCGAGAAGCGUCUGAAAGAAAACGGCCAUAUGGUUAUCGUCGUUGCAGAGGGUGCAGGACAGGAGCUCAUUGCUGAAAGUGUGCGAUCCGAGAACCGUGAAGAUGCUUCUGGAAAUAAGCAGCUUCUUGAUGUUGGGCUCUGGUUGUCUCAAAAAAUAAAGGGCUAUUUUGCAGGAAAGAAGAAAAUGGCUAUAAAUCUCAAGUAUAUAGAUCCUACAUACAUGAUACGUGCCGUUCCGGCCAAUGCAUCGGAUAACGUCUACUGCACAUUAUUGGCACACAGCGCCAUCCACGGCGCCAUGGCAGGAUACACCGGCUUCACUGUUGGCCCUGUUAAUGGACGACAUGCUUACAUUCCAUUUCCUAGGAUAACAGAAAAGCAGAAAAAAGUCGUAAUAACCGAUAGGAUGUGGGCAAGGCUACUCUCUUCGACUAAUCAACCAAGCUUUAUGAGCAAUAGAGAGGCCGAGGAGGCAAACGAAGUGGAGGAACCCCAAUUGCAGCAUUGGGAUGUCGAAAACAGUUGGGUGGAUGAACAAGAUGACCUCGAUUACCAUAGCCCAGCUCAUAAUGGAUCUCUGUGAAGAGGAGACCAAAAUGUGCGCGUAGGUAAGUUCAGCGGCAUGCUUAUAGAGUAUAUAUCUAAGCUUUUAUACCUGUUUAUAGAGCUAUUUAUUGGCAAGAAAAUAUAAUACACUUCAUAGUCUUAUACUGAUAACAAAUGUCUGUCCAAUUCUUUUUGUUGUUUGAAAAAUGUCCAAAGGUGUAAAAAAAGACUCACUACGAAUGAAAUGAAUCAGCUUUUUUUGGAGUAA